UCUCCCAGCCCCCGCCCCAACUCCCUGUUGAUGUUUUCCACUUUUCCUGUGAUUUAAAAAAAGAAAAAUUCCCUUGGAAACCAUUUUCCCUGGUUACUUCUUUGGCUGAUUUUCCACACAAAGAACUUUAAGCGGGAGACUUAAAUGACACCAAGCAAAGCCUACUUAGUUUAGAUUUCCAGAAGUUCGUUGGUGACAAAAAAAAUCAAAUAUGAAACAUGCAGUUUUGUUUUGCCUCAUUCUGCUUAUCAUUUUCCAAACCGAUUGUGAACAAACUACUAGGAAGCAAAGAAGGAAGGAACAUCAGAGAAGACUCAGGAAAAGUUCCUCAUUCCAUCACACAGCAAACAGGCAGCCUGAAAUUCAGCCAACAACUGCUGCAUCCGAAGCUAGGCUACCCGCUGUGAACCCUGUUUACAGUGUGGAGGAAAACUUAGAAUUCCUUCUAAGUUCUCCUGGAGCAGAAUCGAGUUAUAGUGUGUUACCAGGAAAGAAAGGUCACUGCUUUGUAAAGGGCAUGAUCAUGUACAACAAAGCUGUCUGGUCUCCUGAGCCUUGCAGCACCUGCCUCUGCUCAAAUGGAAGAGUACUUUGUGAUGAGACUGUGUGCCACCCCAAGGCGUGCCCCUAUACCAUUAAACCAGAAGGAGAAUGCUGCCCCAUCUGCUCUGAUGCUGAACAAAGAGAAUCCAUUAACAUACUUCACAAGCAAGUGCCACCUCCUCAGAUGGAAAUGGACCAAGUAGUCAUAAAAGCAGCUCUUCAAUCUGAGGAGGAUGAGGAAGAAAUUAAAGAACAUAUGGAUCACAAGAAAGAAACCUCUGGGCCUACUGAGCUUCACAGUGAUGAGGAAAGAGCAGAGGGCAAGCCGAGGCCUGAGGUGGAAGGGCAAUCAGCACAUGAACCACUCUACCAUGGACAAGGGGAGGGAGAAGACGACGAGGAAGAGACUGAGAGGGAAGGAGAGAGGGAAGAGGAAGAGGAGGAGGAUGUAAGAGGAGAUGUGUUCCGAAUGCCCUCCAGGUUAAUGCCUGGUGCCCCAAGAGGCAGGCCACGCCUGCCCGGAAGCUGUGUCCUGUCCUAUAGGACCAUCAGUUGCAUUCACGCAUCCUUCACCCAGAUCCCACCAAUAACAGCUCCAGAAGUAACAAGCCUGGAGCUGGCUGGGAAUUCAAUCAUUUCCAUUCCGGAUGAAGCAUUUAAUGGAUUACCAAAUUUGGAAAGGAUUGAUCUGAGCAGAAAUAAUAUCACUUCUUCAGGCAUAGGUCCAAAAGCCUUCAAGUUUUUGAAGAAGUUGAUGCGUCUGAACAUGGAUGGAAAUAAUUUGGUACGCAUUCCUUCAGAAUUACCAUCUACACUAGAAGAACUUAAAAUAAAUGACAACAAUCUCCAGGCUAUCGAUGAAGAAAGUUUAUCAGACUUAAAUCAGCUUGUCACCUUAGAAUUGGAAGGAAACAAUCUCAGUGAAAUCAAUGUCAAUCCUUUAGCUUUCAAAUCUUUGAAGAGUCUAUCAUAUCUACGUCUGGGAAAAAACAAAUUUAGAAUCAUACCACAAGGUCUUCCUGCUUCUAUCGAGGAAUUAUAUCUAGAAAAUAAUCAGAUUGAAGAAAUAACUGAAAUUUGUUUCAAUCAUACCAGAAAAAUCAAUAUGAUUGUACUACGUUAUAAUAAAAUAGAAGAAAGUCGGAUUGCUCCUUUAGCAUGGAUAAAUCAAGAAAAUCUUGAAUCCAUCGACCUGUCCUAUAACAAGCUUUACCAUGUCCCCUCCUAUCUACCCAAGUCUCUGCUGCACCUAGUACUAAUUGGGAACCAGAUUGAACGGAUCCCUGGCUACGUGUUUGGGCAUAUGGAACCAGGCCUGGAGUACUUGUACCUGUCAUUUAAUAGACUUGCCGAUGAUGGUGUGGACCUAGUAUCCUUCUAUGGUGCAUAUCAUUCUCUGAGAGAAUUAUUUCUGGAUCACAAUGACUUAAAAUCCAUACCACCUGGAAUACAAGAUAUGAAAGCACUGCAUUUUCUGAGGCUGAACAACAAUAAGAUUCGGAAUAUCCUUCCUGAACAAAUCUGUAAUGUUGAAGAAGAUGAGGACUCUGCUCUAGAACAUCUUCAUCUUGAAAACAAUUACAUUAGAACUAGAGAAAUAUCAUCCUAUGCAUUUUCAUGCAUAAGACUGUAUUCAAGUAUUGUUCUUAAACCACAAAACAUCAAGUAAUUUCAAGUUUUCUUCUGCCAUUUAUAAAUUUUACUCAUGCAUUAUAA